AGGAACAUGGAAGCCCAAAGGGGUUUUCUCCAGAUACCCAAAGUCCAGCUGAAGCAAAAGUUUUGGCUAACAGAAGAUAGCAUGGCUAAACUGCUGAUGGCCGGUGCCAAAUACGUGGACGGAGUCGUUCAGGAGAACCAUUAUUAUGACACGGCUUUGGAUGAUCUAGCAAUGGCUGGAUUGUGGCUAAGCCGAAGGGAUCAAGAGUGGUUCCUCAUAGUAGAAGCUCAGGAGGGAGGAACCCAAGAAAAGCUUGAGGAGCAAAUCAAGGAAAAAGCUGCUGAUCCAGGGGAAACCUUAUGCCAGAAGAUGGCCAACAAUGUCCAACAGGACAAUGCCCGUAGGAAGCCAUCAAAGCAGAAUCUAGACAAGCUGGGAGCUCUGCUCAAAAUCCAGGAUCAACAGCUUGAUUCGGGGGCAGCGGAUUUGGAAUCCGAACGUCCAAAAUUUAGUUCCGCCUUCACCGAGUUAGUUGGCGAGAGCGAGGUCACCGCCUACCUAGCAGCCCAUCUCCGCCUAGACUUGAUCACCGAGGGGAGGGAAAAGGCAACCAUGGAGGACUUUCUGCAGAAGGCGGGCAUCGAACACUAUGCCAGCAAUCACAUCGUUGAUCGAACGACGUAUCUAUUGUCCGACAGGUAUACCGUCAUCGUUCAAAGGGAAGAAUGCUCUUUCAGAGAGACAGUGAUGGUGGUGUUGGAGGCCGAUGUUUUUAACAUUUGCAAAGGUUUGGAAGAGAUCGAAAAAUUGGCGGCCUACCUGGGGAUGGAAGAGCAAGGAAUUCAGAGCGAGGGAGAAAUUAUGACGUAG